ACCCCUCUCCCUCUCACCACCCCCCCUCUGCUGCGCCAUGGCUGCUGCUGCUUCCUCGACCGAGUUUGAGUACCUCACGGGCUUCAACAACCACUUUGCUACCGAGGCCCUCCCCGGAGCUCUGCCCAAGGGCAAGAACUCUCCCCAGAACUGCCCCUAUGGCCUCUAUGCUGAACAGCUCUCAGGCACUGCCUUUACCCGACCGCGGGCAACCAACCGGCGGACAUGGCUGUACCGGAUCCGGCCGUCUGUCUGCCACUCGGGUCCGUUCCUUCCCUACCCGCAUCCGACGGCCGCGCUCUCCGAGUCGGUCCCCACGCCGCCGAGCCAGCUGCGGUGGAAGCCGCUGCCGAUUCCCAUUGUGGGCGAGGGCGUGUCCGAGGGCGAAGGCAUCGACUUUGUUCGUGGACUCAACAAGAUGGCCUCGGCCGGUGAGCCGUCGAUGAAGGCCGGCGUCGCCUUUUACAUCUACACGGCCAACGAGCCGAUGACCCGGACGGCGCUCAAGAACGCCGACGGCGACUUCCUCAUCGUCCCGCAGUCGGGCGAGCUCAUCGUGAAGACUGAGAUGGGCUCCAUGCAUGUCCCGCCGGGCUUCAUCUGCGUCGUCCAGCGCGGCAUCGCCUUCUCGGUCAACUUUGCCGAGGGCACCACCGCCGUCCGCGGUUAUGUCUGCGAGGUCUACGACGGCCACUUUGAGAUCCCCGACCUCGGGCCCAUCGGCGCCAACGGGCUCGCCAACCCGCGCGACUUUGAGUCGCCCGUCGCCGCCUACGAUGCCGACGCCGAGGAUCCGGCCGACAACGCCUUUGUCGUCGUCCACAAGUUCCUUGGCGCCCUGUACGAAACCCAGGCCUCGCACUCGCCGUUCAACGUCGUGGCAUGGCAUGGCAACUACGCGCCGUGGCGCUACAACCUCGACAAUUUUAACGUCAUCAACUCCGUCUCGUUUGACCACCCAGACCCGUGCAUCUUCACCGUUGUCACCGUCCAGACUGCAGAGCCCGGCCGCGCCGCCCUCGACUUUGUCGUCUUCAAGGAGCGCUGGUCUGUCGCCACAGACACCUUCCGCCCGCCCUACUUCCACACAAACUGCAUGACCGAGUUCAUGGGCCUCAUCACCGGCCGCUACGACGCCAAGGAGGAGGGCUUCCUGCCCGGCGGUGCCUCGCUCCACUCGGCAGGCUCGGCCCAUGGCCCCGAUGUUGACGCCUUUACCAAGGCCACAACCUCGGACCUCACCCCGGACUUUAUCUCCGAGGGCGCCAUCGCCUUUAUGUUCGAGUCGUGCUACCUCACCCACCUCUCCAAGUUUGCUCUCGACGAGAACCUCCUCGACACCAGCUACACCGAGUCGGCCUGGGGCCCCUUCGAGUCGAACUUUGACCCGACCAAGCCGUAGUCGUAGCCGUAGCCG